UCUUGGUUCCUCACGUAAAACACACUCUUUGCCGUUAAGUCGGGUACUGGAGAGACUGUCAUCACACUCACACUGAUGGAAACGGAAAUGGAAGUCGUUGAAAACGGGAACGACGCGACCGUUAACGAGAUCAACGUCCCAUCGGCCCUAGAAGGUGGCGAAGCCGCUGAAGGAGGAGGCGAUGGGGGAAGCCGUGGCGGUUCGGCGAUCGGAGGGCGAACGCGGAAGGAGCGAGUGAAGGGACCGUGGUCGCCCGAGGAAGAUGCGAUACUGAGUGACCUGGUGAGCAAGUUCGGGGCGAGAAAUUGGAGCUUGAUUGCCCGAGGAAUCGCCGGUCGUUCUGGCAAGUCGUGUCGGCUUCGUUGGUUUAAUCAGCUUGACCCUGCCGUUAAGCGCAAGCCGUUUACUGAUGAGGAGGAUCAGAUGAUAAUUUCAGCACAUGCAGUACAUGGGAACAAAUGGGCAGUGAUUGCAAGGCUUCUACCUGGAAGAACAGACAAUGCUAUUAAAAAUCACUGGAAUUCCACAUUGCGGCGUCGGUGCAUGGAGCUUGGUAGAAUAAAAUCAGAAUCUGAACAUAUGGCGGAAGAUGCUAGCUUGGACAAAACCAAGGCUUCAUCUGAAGAAACUCUGUCUUGUGCGGAGGACAGUUCAUUCAGAUCUACGGAAGGAAAAGAUGUAAGCUCUUUGGAAAAGUUAGAUACUCAAUUAAAGGGCAAAUCACUGACAGGGAUUCAAUCUAGUCAUGAAUCAAUUGAACCACCUACUCUUUUCCGUCCUGUAGCCCGUGUGAGUGCAUUUAAUGUUUAUAAUCAUGUGGAUAGACCAGAAUUUGUUUCGCCCUGUUCAAGGCCUGUUCUAAUGCAAGGGCCUCUAAUUCAAACAUCAAAGCCUGAUGUUGGGAUCUGCAAAUUGCAUGAAGGAGUUUACAAGGAAGGUAUAGUGCCUCUACAAUGUGGUCUUGGCUGUUGUGGGACUCAAAAUGUUAGAAAUGGAAAUACUAACUCUUUGCUGGGGCCAGAGUUUGUGGAAUUCUCAGAACCCCCAUCUUUUCCAAAUUAUGAAUUGGCUGCAAUAGCCUCUGAUAUAAGUAACCUUGCUUGGCUGAAAAGUGGAUUAGAAAAUAACAGUGUCAGACCAAUGGAUGAUGCAGCUGGUGGUACAACAUCUCAUAGAUCUCAAGUGUACACAGGACAUUUUGAAAAGCCCAGAAUGAGUGAUCGUUUCCAUAUUGAAGAGAGAAACAACAAGUUAACGGGCAGAAUGACUAACCUGCUGUCAACAUAGAAUUGGAGGCAAUGGUACUUCCAGGUUGAGACAUCACCUUGACCUUGGUAUGUAUUAAUGUCUAGAGGCGGUCAGAAAAUGAUCAAGAGUGGUAGUUGAGGCUUUACAAUAGCUCUGAAUUAGCUUGGGGGUUGAUGCAGGAAUGAGAUCCUGGUUUCUUCUGUGUUUGAAGUAAACGCCAUAUGGUACUGAACUACAAGAAAGGCUUGAUUAUUUCAUGGUCAUUGCAAUGGUUGACCUAUAUGCUUAAAUGGUCAUAGUGGUUGAUAAAUUUGCUACCGGGGAGCUUGUUUACAUGUUCAUUUUACAAAAACCAAAAUAACCUGUUAACAUCCCUGUACCAGCUUGAAUUGAUGACAAAGUUUGGAAACAUUGAUUUACAUUCUGAUUACUAUUCUUCGUCUUUUUUGUUGUGUAUGUAUUUGUUCUCGUUUAUAUUGAAGUUUUCACUAACUUUGUUGGGCUCAAGAA